GUUACCGUUGAUGCGGCCAUUUACUGUCUCCGAAGAAAAAGAGAAUGGCUCCAAAGAAGAAAUAAAAUGCCAAGGGCAAAUUAGCCGAGUCGACUCAGUCCUCUGUCAGUACCAAAUUUCCUUCAUGCCUCCGCUCGGUCCCUCCUUCUUCCGUCGCCAUCACCAUCCACGUCAAGCCCGGUUCCAAGCUCUCUUCCAUCACUGCGACGAGGCAUUAGGCGUGCAAAUCGAUGCCCCUGCAAAAGAUGGUGAAGCUAACGCUGCCCUUCUGGACUAUAUAAGCUCUGAACAUAAAAACUGGCUAAACUGGAAUCUGGAAUGCAAGUGUGAUUGGGGUGAAGAGAAGGCAGCUAUCUAUAGGCUGCGGUUCAAAAUCAAGGGGGACAAGGUUGUGAUUGUGGAGGGGGUAACUUUACAGAGCGUUUUUGAUGCUUUGGACACAGCUUGCAAGUCCCAUUGAUAUUAUUGUUGUGAUUUACUGUUCUUUCUCGACUUGUUUUGCGGAUAACUUAUUGACUCUUUCCCUUC